GGGAAUUUUGCCUGUGGAAUGUGGAAGCUGAGAAAGGCUGAGAGCAGAGUGGUUAUACAACACUGUGAUGAUGCGCUGCUGGUGCUUGUGUAACAGGGUAACAGGGAGCAAAGCCAGACAAUAGAGUGCAUCAGAAUGGACAGAGCAAACCCCGCUGGCAUGCUCCUCCAGGUAGAGCCUAUGAAGCAGCAAUUGCUGGAUGGUGAUGUCCAGGCUGAUGAGUUCUUCUGUAUGAUCCUGUCCUUCCUGGGGGAGCCCUCAGCUCAUUCACACUUCCCUGACAUUAUACAGAGUCUGAGCAAGACCGAGCCCGUUCUGCAUGCACAGCUGCUGCACCUAUACCAUGCUUACUUCAUCCACAAGGGACCUUCAGACUCUGUGGCUUAUGAUGAAGAGUUGGAGAUUGCAAUGGCACUAUCUCUUCAAGAAGACCCUCAUUAUACGGACCAUCUUCUUGUUGACAACAGUUGUCCACAUCAACAUUGUAGCUCUGAUUCUAAGCUCUCCUUUGCUGAUGCUGCUAAAAUAUCUAUUCGUCAAAUCCAUAAAAAUGACCAGAAGUCCCCACCUAUCACAAACGUCUUUGAACGAGAUGCUGGUAUGGCUGAUGUAGGGCUUUCAAAAAGCCUGGCAAGACUUUGCAUCGCCGACGGCAAGAGGACAGAUGUAGACACUUCUUAUAGCGGUCAGCCUGAGCCCGAGGAUUGUGUUCUCAGCUGUGAUGGUGGAGAUAUUUAUCACAUAAAGUCCCCAGUUACAAAACCAAGUGAGACAAAAAGGGGUAGAAGGAGCCGGAGGAAGAAAAACUCACGUGUGUCGAGGAGUCCUGUGUCGGUGAGACCAGUAGUGGUUUGGUUUAGGAGAGACCUAAGACUUCACGAUAACCCGGCCUUAAUCGCUGCCUUAGAGCUUGGGGCACCGGUCAUUCCUGUUUUCCUGUGGAGUCUGAGCGAGGAGACUGGACAGAACUUCACAUUGGCCACUGGUGGGGCUACCAAAUACUGGCUUCACCAGGCCUUAUUCCAGCUCAACCAGUCUCUGAUGCAGAUGUACGGCAGCCACCUAAUCUUUAGGGUGAACCACACGUGUGCUGAAGAACUUGUAUCUCUUGUGGAGGAGACAGGGGCGGAUACUGUCUUCGUGAACGCAGUGUAUGAGCCAUGGUUAAAAGAGAGAGAUGAUUUUAUUUCAGAGACGUUAAAGAGACGAGGAGUGAUGUUUAAAAAGUCCCAUUCAUACUGUCUAUAUGAGCCCUACUCCGUCAGUACUGAGGGUGUUGGUCUAAGAGGUAUCGGCUCUGUCAGCCAUUUUAUGAGCUGCUGUAAAAGGAACUCAUCUACCCAAAAUGGUGCUCCUCUUGACGCUCCCACCAGCCUCCCUGUUCCAUCAUGCUGGCCGGACUCUGUGGACCUGGACAGGCUGAACUUGGCAAAGAUGCCUGAAAGGAAAGAUGGCAGUGUGAUUGACUGGGCAGCGACUAUCCGGAAAUCUUGGGAUUUUAGUGAAGAUGGAGCGUACACAUGCCUGGGAAACUUUCUUGAAGACGGAAUAAAACACUAUGACAAGGAAUCGGGGCGUGCUGAUAAGCCGUACACCAGCCAUAUUUCCCCCUAUCUCCACUUCGGUCAGAUCAGCCCCAGGACAGUAUUGCAUGAAGCGUACUUUACCAGAAGAAACGUGCCAAAAUUUCUGAGGAAGCUGGCAUGGCGUGACCUGGCAUAUUGGCUUCUUGUACUGUUCCCGGACUUGCCUGUGGAACCAGUCAGACCGGCAUACAAAAGUCAGCGUUGGAGCACUGAUCAGAAGCAUUUGCGGGCCUGGCAGAAGGGGAGGACCGGAUACCCCCUGGUGGAUGCCGCUAUGAGAGAGCUGUGGCUCACUGGCUGGAUGUGUAAUUACUCCAGGCAUGUCGUGGCUUCCUUCCUCGUGGCUUAUCUGCACAUCCACUGGCUCCACGGAUACAGGUGGUUCCAGGACACCCUUGUGGAUGCAGAUGUCGCCAUCAACGCCAUGAUGUGGCAGAAUGGGGGAAUGUCCGGACUGGACCACUGGAAUUUUGUGAUGCAUCCGGUGGACUCUGCCAUGACCUGCGACCCAUACGGGUCCUACGUGAAGAAGUGGUGCCCCGAGCUCGCUGGCCUGCCCGACGAAUACAUUCACAAGCCGUGGAAAUGUGCCCCGUCACAGCUGCGACGAGCAGGUGUUACAUUAGGGGAAAAUUACCCACACCGUAUAGUCCUGGAUUUAGAAGAGAGACGGGAACAGUCCCUGAAGGAUAUAGUUGAGGUGCGUAAGAAACAGCCGGAGUAUGUGGACGAGGUCUCUGGCAGUGAUAUGGUGCCAGUUCCCGAUUACCUCCUGGCCAUCACCUUGGGGCAGCCUGAUGGAGAGGAUGAUGUCACCAAGAACCGGACAGGCCGCUUCCUGCUACCCGUCAUCACAAGGAAGGAGUUUAAAUAUAAAACCUUACAACCCAAUUCAAAGGACAACCCCUACAACACAGUACUAAAAGGGUACGUGAGCCGUAAGCGGGAUGAAACCAUCGCCUUUAUGAAUGAAAGGCACUUCACUGCCAGCACCAUCCAUGAGGGGGUCCAGAUGUAUGAGAGGAGAGAGCGGACGGCCAGAGUCAUAGAGGGACUUCCGCAACCCAAAGACUCCAAGCAAACCAGCCGGAGGACUCCCAGGAGCGAUCCCUUCUCUAUAAUUCCUCCAGCCUAUUUCCAUCUAGCUAAUUAAUGUCUUGUCCUCAGAACAUUGCAGUUUACAUAUCUGUAUAAUACACUCAUUGGACUGUAUUUUAUAUAAUAAUAAAUGGGAUGUGAAUAAACAUAUAUAGUGGCAGAUGCUCAA